CCUUCCCAGAGCGGUCCACCCUAUGCCCCAACGACCGCCUCUCUCGGAGGAUUUCCGACCGUCCACCUCGACGACCCGAUCUGCGCGGUCCUGCUGGCCCUCUACGUCGCCGCGGCCGCGACGCACAUGACCAUCUUCCAGAUCAACCGCCGCCGCGAUCACAAGUUCGUCUUCUCCGGCAUGCUCUUUGGCUUCUGUAUGGCCCGCAUCACCACCCUCACCCUGCGCAUCGUCUGGGCCUCGUACCCGCACGACGUCAACAUCGCCAUCGCCGCGAGCAUCUUCGUGCAGGCCGGCGUCCUGCUGCUGUUCAUCGUGAACCUCAUCUUUGCCCAGCGCAUCGUGCGCAGCUACCACCCCAAGUUCGGCUGGUCGCGCGGCCUGGGGUGGGUGUUCAAGUUCCUGUACUUUUGUGUGCUCGCCAUGCUCAUCAUGGUCAUCACCGCCGUCGUGGAUACCUUCUUCACGCUGAAUGUCAGCACGAGGAUGAAGGAUCGUGAUAUCACCCUUUUCGCAGGGACAUUUCUCGCCCUACUUGCCUUCCUCCCCAUCCCCAUCGCCCUCCUCUCCAUGCUCAUCCCCCGGUCCCACCGCCCCGAGAAAUUCGGCCAGGGCCGCUACCGCACAAAACUCUCCCUCCUCCUCUUCACCUCCUUUAUCCUGUCUGUCGGCGCCUGCUUCCGCCUCGCCGUAAACUACACCACGCCCCGCCCCAUCACCGACCCGGCCUGGUACCACAGCAAGGCCUGCUUCUACUGCUUCAACUUCGCCAUCGAGCUGGUCGUCGUCUACCUGUACGCCAUCUCCCGCUUCGACAGGCGGUUUCAUGUCCCCAACGGCAGCUCCGCACCCGGUCACUACAGCGGCUCCAAGGUCGGCAAGGACGGCAGGAGGGCCAGUACUGGUGCGAGAUCGGCGGCCGGAGGGCCUAGCUUGGAGGUGAACCGCGAGUCGGACGUGUUUGGGGAUGACGAGGAGCCCGCUUUGCAGGAUAGGCGGCAGGUCGAAUGGGAGGCGAGCGCGCUUGCGGAGCUAAACAAGUCGGCUGUUAUCGAGGAGGCCUGA